ACAUGAAUAAUGGCAUUCAAACAGCCCCCUAUUUGUCUAAUGAUAUCUCUACAAUAACUCCAACAAUGACCUACAUGAAUGAAUCCAUGGCAGGGCCUGUCAACAGCAUCCAGAACAACCUGGGCUCCAUCAACCCUCUGGCACACAAUAUGGGAGGUCCAAUGGCAUCUCCAGCAUCUUCAUCUGCUUAUCCCUUAGGUUAUUGUCAAGGAGAAUCAGAGUUCCAGAGGGAUCCACGAACCUAUCGGAGAAACUACUCUCAUGCUAAGCCUCCUUACUCUUAUAUCUCACUUAUCACAAUGGCCAUACAGCAAGCCCCAAACAAGAUGAUGACUCUGAAUGAGAUCUACCAGUGGAUCAUUGACCUUUUUCCUUACUACAGGCAGAAUCAGCAGCGGUGGCAGAAUUCUAUUCGUCACUCUUUGUCAUUUAAUGACUGUUUUGUUAAGGUCCCACGCUCUCCAGAGAAACCAGGAAAAGGCUCCUAUUGGACUCUCCACCCAGAAUCUGGAAAUAUGUUUGAAAAUGGAUGCUACUUGAGGAGGCAGAAGAGGUUCAAGUGUGAGAGGUCAAGAUCUGGUUCUGGAGACAUAGAAAAAAAGUCAGUUAAGGCUGGAGAGGAGGUAUCAGGGGGUUUGAGGGAGUCUCCAGCUGGUUAUGAUGACAGUUCUUCCUCUCAGUCACCUAAAACUGUGGUGAACAGGGUUGAGAGGGACUCAAUGGUGGCCAGAAUUUCACAACCAAAUGGGGCUUCUCCUAUGGGUAUCACUCCUACAUCUGAACAAGGAGGGUCUACAUCACAGCUCUUAUACCCACUAAGUCUCUCUAGUGAGGCUUUCCUUGGCAUGGUAGGAGAAGAUGUCCAGUUAAAGCGUGAUCCAUUUCCUGGGAGGCACCCAUUUUCUAUCACACAACUGAUGUCUUCUGAACAGGCUCAGACCUACGCCAGUAAAAUUGAUAUGUGUCAAGCAUCCGAUCAUCUUGCACACUACCCAAAUUAUACUUCUGACUAUCAUAAUAUUACCAGCAAAAAUGGAAUGGACAUGCCAACAUCCUCAAAUGAUGCCAGCUACUAUGCAAAUAUGUAUUCCAGGCCUAUUCUCAGCUCUCUGUAAAAUGAAUCAUUGUUUUUAUACUGUAAUUUCUAGAAUGUUUUAUUUAAUUCAGUCCCAUAGAAGCAGUGAUCAAUAUUCUAAACUAAGAAGCAGAAUAUCACUUAGUGGGUAAAAUACAAUAGAAUUAUAUUCUUAAUGGUCAUGCAGUAUUAUCAGUGUCUAAAGUUAUAACUUUUGUUGAACUACAUAUAUCCAGUGAUGCAAGUACACAUCCUUUCAUGACUGUAAACUGUAAUGUUAACCCUGGAUUAUGUGUAUAUUUGUUCUAUGAGACCUAGUGUACCAACAGCUGC